UGUCAUUUGCGGUGACGCAAAACAGCCGUGGAGGAGGCGCGGGGAAGCACGGCUCUGGCUAAUUGCUGGAACGGGAAGCCUCUUGCUGGGCUGGGGUUUGUGGCUGCUCCGUGUGCCGGCGACUGCGGGGCUGGCAGGUGCGCGGCGUGUGCACCUGGCGGGCGAUGGCGGCCUGCGCGAGCGUCCCAGGGUAGCACGCGCGAGGCUGCGGGGCCCCGGCGCGCACGCCCGGCCUCUUCCUCGACCUUGGCGUUGGCCCGCUUCUGCCCAGGCAGUUAUGGGGCUCCUGCGGCUGCUGUUCCUCGCUGUACUGGCGUCGGAAGGCGGCGUGGCUGGUGGAGCCGAGACCGUCGGGAACUCCAGCGAGGGGGAUGAAGCUGAGGUCCCGGACACUCAUUACACAAGUGAAAGGCUUAUCAGAACACACCCAGGUCUAAUAGAAUUUUCUGUGGGGAAGUUUAGAUACUUCAAGCUCAACAGACCCUUUCCAGAGGAAGCUAUUUUACGUCAUAUUUCCAGCAAUGUGACUUUUCUUAUUUUCCAAAUACACUCCCAGUAUCAGAAUACGACAGUUUCUUUUUCUAGGACUCUCCUUCCCAAUAGCUCAGGAACAGGCACUGAUAAAGGCCUGGUUUUCCUUCUUAGACCGGAGCAGAGUAUGUGUACUUGGUACUUGGAGACUUCAGAUGCGGAGCCUGUCCAAAAUGUGGCCAUUCCACUCUCCUACUCUGAAACAGAUCCUAUCCCUGGAGGCUGUAACUUGGAGUUUGAUUUAGAUAAUGAUCCUAACAUUUACUUGGAGUUUAAUUUCUUUGCAACAACUAUCAAAUUUGCCCCAGCAAACCUAGGCUUUGCAAGAGGUGCAGAUCCUCCACCGUGUGAUGUUGGGAUGGGCCGGGACUCCAGGUGGAGGUUGCAGUAUGAAGUCUACCAGUAUUUUCUGCCUGAGAACGAUCUCACUGAAGAGGUGUUGCUAAAACAUGUGCAGAGGAUGGCCACAGUGCCUGACGUGAAGGCCAAUGCCGCCAAGGUGGUCACCCUAACUGCUGAUGAUAAGACAAGUGUUUCUUUCUCCUCCCUGGGAGGACAAGGUGUCAUUUAUAAUGUCAUCGUUUGGGACCCGUUUCUAAACACAUCUGCUGCUUAUGUUCCAGCUCACACAUAUGCCUGCAACUUUGAGGCCAAGGAGGGCAAUUGUGCCUCCCUUGGAAAAGUAUCUACCAAAGUAUUCUUCACUUUGUUUGCCCUGCUUGGCCUCUUCAUUUGUUUUUUUGGACACAGAUUCUGGAAAACAGAAUUAUUCUUCAUAGGCUUUAUCUUCAUGGGAUUCUUCUUUUAUAUACUGAUUACAAGACUGACACCUAUUAAGUAUGAUGUUCGUCUGAUUCUGACUGCAGUAGCUGGAAGCGCUGGUGGAAUUGUCUUGGUGGCUACCUGGUGGCGAUUUGGAACCCUCUUCCUCUGCAUGCUGUGUGUUGGACUAGUGCUGGGCUUCCUCAUCUCUUCGGUGGCUUUCUUCACUCCACUAGGAAACAUAAAGGUUUUUCGUGAUGAUGGUGUAUUCUGGGUGACUUUCUCUUGUAUAGCUGUCCUCAUUCCCAUAGUUUUCAUGGGUUGCCUAAGAAUACUCAACAUACUGACUUGUGGGAUCAUUGGCUCCUAUUCGGUGGUUCUGGCGGUUGACAGUUACUUGUACACGAGCCUUUCUUACAUCACUUUCAAUGUACUCCGGAGAGCACUCAACACAGAUUUCCAAGGAGCUCUCACAAAUGUGCCUUUUCAAACGAAUGACUUUAUUGUCCUGGCAGUAUGGGGGAUGCUGGCUGUAAGUGGAAUUUCAUUUCAGAUUCGAAGAGAAAGAGGGCGACAGUUUUUCCCUCCCCACCCAUACAAGUUGUGGAAGCAAGAGAGAGAGCGCAGAGUAACAAACAUUCUGGACCCGAGCUACCACAUUCCUCCCUUGAGAGAGAGGCUCUAUGGCCGGUUGACCCAGAUCAAAGAGCUAUUCCGGAAAGAACAACCAACUGGAGAGAGGACACCCCUGCUUCUGUAGAUGGCCAGAGCUUGGUCCCUGUGCCGCAGCAUUGGUGUUUUUUGUCCAGUUGCCGGGUGUGAGUCUAAGGGAUCUGUGCUCUGCACGAUGCUGUGGUGGUCUUAUUGGUAUAUGGUGUGGGGGUGCUAGGGAAUUAGGGUAGUUCUCAGUGGUAGAAUGAGAAAGGAUCAAAUGUUGUUGGUAGAGAGGCUUCUCCUUUAUUUCCAGAUACUUAAGAAAUUUUGUUUAGGUUUAUGAAUAUAUGACAACUUUCUCCAUUAGAUAGAUAUGCUAAAAAAAAAAAAUGUAAAAAACAGUGAGUCUCUUGCAAAGCCCUGGUGUUGCUUUUUAUAACUCCUUGCACAAUUCUCACUUGGGGAGGAGGAGGUUAUUUAAAUGUUAUGCUCGAUCUUUAUUUGCUACCAUGUUUGGAGAUACAGUUAUCUGAUACCGGGUGCCUCUGAACUUCAGAAUACAAAAAAGAUAAGUAACUUUUCUUACUAAAAGCAGUCUGAUGACUUAGUUCCAUGUCUUAAUAUCAAACAUUAUCAAAAAGGUACCUUUUAUUUUCCCAGAAUUUUAAUUAAAAAAAAUUAAAUUUCCUAAAUACAAACUUUCCCAUUUUAUUAACAAUUCAGGUUUCCUUUGUGCCUUUCAUUGCUUAAAAUGGUAAUAGCAAAAUCAUUUCAAGUAUUUGAAAAUAAAUCACUUUAUAUAGAAAAAUGGAAUGUUUAUGUAAAUGAUUUAGUUAUAUUCUAAAUAGUGGCCUUAUUAUUUUUUUUUCCUUUCAAGGACUUUGGAAAUAGUAUUUAUUGAUGAGCUUUAAUUAACUGAAUUAGACGAUAUGUGGAUUAUGUUUUGUUUUAGGAAACAAAUUGACCUUAAUCUACAGUUCCAUUAACAAAAUCUUUAAAAAAAAAUGUGCACUUCAUGGUUAUGUUAAAUUAGCAAUGUUAAUAUUGGUGUAAAAUACAAUUUUUAGUAAUUUUGUAUUCCAAAUGAAGCUUUUCUACCAUCUGUGUUUUAAAGGGAUAAGGGAGUUAAGUAGGCCUUGGGUUUUGUAUGUCAGUCCUCAGUUUGACACCCUUGUUUCACCACAGGAAAGCUCUGCAGGGCCCUGGGCCACACCCUGCUGCUCACAGCCUUUUCUCUUGUCACCCUGUGUUGUACUGGGAACUGGUGACUCUGGUAGACUCAAGUGACACUGAGGUUGGUUAUGUUUGUUGCAUACACAUUUGUGAAUUAACCACUGUUUAAAUGAUGCUGCUUUCUAGUUUUUUUCCAAAAUAUCACAGUUUCCAAGUUUUAGUUAACAGAAAAAAUCUCAACUUUAGCCUUUAAAAGUGUUUUCAGAAAGAUUAAAAAAAAAUAUAACAUGAAUCAUGUUUGCUUUGAAAACCUCAAUGCUGGUGUCCAUUUACUAUUUAUUCUUAUUGUCUAUAACUUUGAUAGUC